AUGUCAUCUGCAAUGAUAAAGAAGAUUGAAAAUGAUUACUCAUCAACUGAUCUUCGAAAAUUAGCUCUCUUCUCGGAAUGGCUGAAAGUUGACUCUUAUGCUACCUGGGAUAAAACCAAAGAUGGUUGGACUGCUUUAAUGUUUGCCAGUCAGAAUGGUCAUUACCGAGUUGUUGAGCUUCUUCUCAAAGAAAAUGCUGACUCUAAUCUUCAAACACAAAAAGGUUCAACUGCAUUGAAUUUGCAAUCAGUUUGGCCAUUACCAAAUGUUGAGCUUCUCCUCAAUGAAAAUGCUGACCCUAAUCUUCAAACACAAGAAGGUUGGACUGCUUUAAUGACGUUUGCCAGUCAGAAUGGCCAUUACCAAGUUGUUGAGUUUCUUCUCAAAGAAAAUGCAGACCCUAAUCUUCAAACACAAAAAGGUUCAACUGCAUUGAUGAUUGCCAGUAAGAAUGGCCAUUACCAAGUUGUUGAGCUUCUUCUCAAAGAAAAUGCAGACCCUAAUCUUCAAACACGAAAAGGUAAUGGCCAUUACCAAGUUGUUGAGCUUCUUCUCAAAGAAAAUGCAGACCCUAAUCUUCAAACACAAAAUGGUGUGACUGCAUUAAUAUUUGCCAGUCAGGAUGGCCAUUACCAAAUUGUUGAGCUUCUUCUCAAAGAAAAUGCUGACCCUAAUCUUCAAACACAAAAUGGUGUGACUGCAUUAAUAUUUGCCAUUCAGUUUGGCCAUUACCAAGUUGUUGAGCUUCUUCUUAAAGAAAAUGCAGACCCUAAUCUUCAAACAAAAAAUGGUGUGACUGCAUUAAUAUUUGCCAGUCAGUUUGGCCAUUACCAAGUUGUUGAGCUUCUUCUCAAAGAAAAUGCUGACCCUAAUCUUCAAACACAAAAUGGUGUGACUGCAUUAAUAUUUGCCAGUCAGUUUGGCCAUUACCAAGUUGUUGAGCUUCUUCUCAAAGAAAAUGCUGACCCUAAUCUUCAAACAAAAAAGGGUUCAACUGCUUUAGUAUUUGCCAGUCAGUUUGGCCAUUACCAAGUUGUUGAGCUUCUUCUUAAAAAAAAUGCUGACCCUAAUCUUCAAACACAAAAUGGUGUGACUGCUUUAAUAGUUGCCAGUCACUUUGGCCAUUAUCAAAGUUGUUGGGCUUCUUCUAAAGAAAAUGCUGACCCUAAUCUUCAAACACAAAAAGGUUCAACUGCAUUGAUGAUUACCAGUCAGAAUGGUCAUUACCAAGUUGUUGAGCAUCUUCUUAAAGAAAAUGCUGACACUAAUCUUCAAACACAAAAUGGUGUGACUGCAAUAAUAUUUGCCAGUCACUUUGGCCAUUACCAAAUUGUUGAGCUUCUUCUCAAAGAAAAUGCAGAUCCUAAUCAUCAAACACGAAAUGGUUUAACUGCAUUGAUAUUUGCCAGUCAGAAUGGUCAUUACCAAGUUGUUGAGCUUCUUCUCAAAGAAAAUGCUGAUCCUAAUCUUCAAACACAAGAUGGUGUGACUGCAUUAAUAUUUGCCAGUCAGGAUGGCCAUUACCAAGUUGUUGAGCUUCUUCUCAAAGAAAAUACAGACCCUAAUCUUCAAACACAAAAUGGUGUGACUGCAUUAAUAUUUGGCAGUCACAAUGGCCAUUACCAAGUUGUUGAGCUUCUUCUCAAAGAAAAUGCUGAUCUUAAUCUUCAAACACCUGAUGGUGUGACUGCAUUAAUAUUUGCCAGUCAGUUUGGCCAUUACCAAGUUGUUGAGCUUCUUCUCAAAGAAAAUGCAGACCCUAAUCUUCAAACACAAAAAGUUGCCAGUCAGGAUGGCCAUUACCACAUUGUUGAGCUUCUUCUCAAAGAAAAUGCAGACCCUAAUCUUCAAACACAAGAUGGUAUGACUGCAUUAAUAGUUGCCAGUCAGUUUGGCCAUUACCAAGUUGUUGAGCUUCUUCUCAAAAAAAAUGCUGAUCCUAAUCUUCAAACACAAGAUGGUAUGACUGCAUUAAUAGUUGCCAGUCAGUUUGGCCAUUACCAAGUUGUUGAGCUUCUUCUCAAAGAAAAUGUUGACCCUAAUCUUCAAACACAAGAUGGUGUGACUGCAUUAAUAUUUUCCAGUCAGUUUGGCCAUUACCAAGUUGUUGAGCUUCUUCUCAAAGAAAAUGCAGAUCCUAAUCAUCAAACACAAGAUGGUAUGACUGCAUUAAUAUUUUCCAGUCAGUUUGGCCAUUACCAAGUUGUUGUGCUUCUUCUCAAAGAAAAUGCAGAUCCUAAUCAUCAAACACAAAAUGGUGUGACCGCAUUAAUAGUUGCCAGUAAGUUUGGCCAUUACCAAGUUGUUGAGCUUCUUCUCAAAAAAAAUGCUGAUCCUAAUGUUCAAACACAAGAUGGUAUGACUGCAUUAAUAUUUUCCAGUCAGUUUGGCCAUUACCAAGUUGUUGAGCUUCUUCUCAAAGAAAAUGCAGAUCCUAAUCAUCAAACACAAGAUGGUAUGACUGGAUUAAUAUUUGCGAGUCAGUUUGGGCAUUACCAAAUGUUGAGCUUCUUCUCAAAGAAAAAUGCAGAUCCUAAUCAUCAAACACAAGAUGGUAUGACUGCAUUAAUAUUUGCCAGUCAGUUUGGCCAUUACCAAGUUGUUGAGCUUCUUCUCAAAAAAAUGCUGAUCCUAAUAUACAAGACCGACAAUGUUGGACCUCAUUAA